AUGGAGAACUUGCGCUGCAAACAAUGCAAUUGUUUCCCGAACGGUGAAGUGUAUCAGUGUGCUGCAAAGGAUCAUUUUUACUGUGCAGCGUGCAAGGAAUCGAAAAAUAAAAUACUGUGUGCGUGCGGUGCCAAGCUGAGCGAUGAGACGGUACCGAACCCGAUCGAGAAGUUGCUGCAUCAGGCAAUGUGUCCUUGCCGGUAUGCGUCGAACGGAUGUACCUGGAAAUUUGUACAGUCCGAGAUGGAUGCGCACGUAGCUGAGUGUCGGUAUCGACCAUAUCGGUGUGUGGCUGCUUCGUUAAAUGUCUUAAAAUGUGAUUGGCAGGGAUACCAGCAUCAAAUAGAGAAACAUCUCACCGACGAUCACAAGGAGCUGGGACCUGUGUUUCGCUUCCGAGAAACGACUUCGCUAGUGUUUAAGGAACAAAUUUCGCUCGGCGGGCUGAAGAUAGUGGACGCGUUCAGUAAACGCUUUCUGUUUUACUUCUUCUCGGACGUUGCCAACAAAACGCUAUCGUUUCUGAUGAUCUACUUCGGACGUCACGAGGAAGCGAACCAAUACUGUUACGAGCUGGAAAUACGUGCUUUACCCUAUCCGGCUAAGGAUUCUCCAGAGGAUGCUGAGACGGACAAGCCAACAGCUUUUGCACGCAGCGUCAAGUUUGUUGAGCGUUGUUAUUCAGAUUCGGAAAAUCUGACAGAAUUACUGGAGCAGGAACGAUGCGUUACGCUGUCCCACCGACAGGUGCUUAAGUAUUUGCACGGAGAAAAACUCCAUAUGGUGUAUAAAAUACGCAAAGUGGAUCCAGCACGUGAAAAAAAGGUCUCCACUACAAGUGUCCCCGCGAGUGAAGAUGCUUCCCAGCCGAGCAGCUUGUCAACGAAGACUAAACCAAGACCACCACCGUUUGUGUUUGCAAGCAAGGGCAAACUGGCUGGGAAUGGUAAACGUUCUAGUUCGUCUUCCAGUUCCAACUCCAGUUCGAGUUCCAACUCGAACGCCAGCACCAAUUCCAGCUCUUCUGCAUUGCCUACCAAAUCGUCGAACAAUACGGUCCCUAGUCCCAGCACAUCUUUGCCCUCGCGCACACCAUCCAACGCCUCGACGGUGACAGUUUGUUCGGACAGAAACAGUGUCGAUCCGUUGACAUCGUCCGUCAGCCGCUGUUCACUGUCGUCGAUCAAUCGUGUAACUACACCGUUAACACCGUUCGAAAAACCGGAACAGUGUCCACUGUUGACACCUUCCAUCAACAAGCACGAUGUGCCUCCGACCUGGACUAUUUCACAGACGACAACGAGCGGGUUUGCUUACCACACCAGCACCGAGUACCAUCGGCAGGUUUACGGACAUGAGCCGUAUCGCACCAAUCAUCAAUAUCUACCGAGCGAGUGUACAACUACUGCGGCCGUUUGCCAGCGAUACACACAACCGUACAAGGUGAAAGACGACCGUCUUUAUUUGAUGAAACAUCCAACAAACUGUUUGUACAAACCGCAACCCAAAUGGUGCACCGGAGGUGGUGGAGAGAAAGAUGUUACAGGAAAAGGUGGUUGGAGUGCGUAAAGCUCCAUGAGAAAAAUGAGCUAAAAACUUUCAUUACACAUUUUAAAAGAAUUCUAUUUAAAAAUAUUCUCAAUAAAAUAUACUCACCAGGA